CUUUCUGCCUUUUCAUUUCUGCAGUUUGCUUCUUUGGUAGACUACAGUAGUCAUGUCGGGUCGUGGCAAGGGCGGGAAGGGGCUUGGAAAAGGUGGCGCUAAGCGUCACCGCAAAGUAUUACGAGAUAACAUCCAGGGUAUCACCAAGCCUGCCAUCCGGCGUUUGGCUCGGCGUGGCGGCGUCAAGCGCAUCUCUGGCCUUAUCUACGAGGAGACACGCGGAGUUCUCAAGGUUUUUCUAGAGAAUGUGAUCCGUGACGCCGUCACCUACACCGAGCACGCUAAGCGCAAGACUGUCACGGCCAUGGAUGUGGUCUACGCGCUCAAGCGUCAGGGGCGCACCCUUUACGGCUUCGGCGGCUAAAUUGCUCUCUUCUCACUUUACAGUUUUUAACCAAAGGCCCUUUUCAGGGCCGCCCACGGCUUCCCGUAAAA